UUUCAAAAACACGGGAACAACCUCGUGUACAACUUCAUGUACCUCUCCUAACAUUUUGGCUUUAUUUACUGUUAAAAAACGAAAUUCGUUAUGGACACUGAUAAUAAUCCAACAACGGAGGUAGCUGCUACUACUAUAGACAGUGAAGACACAACAGAAGCGUUCGUCAAGGUGAAAUCAAAGAAGACAUCGAAGCGAAAACGCGAGACGGAUGGAGUCGAUAUGGAGGCUGAGGACUCCGUAGCAUGCAAGCGGCCUCAGUUUCCACCCAUUUCAGGCGACAAACUUAAGGGUGGUUCCGAUGAGAUGCGUAAGGUUGCUGUCCCGGCCCACAGGUAUACCCCUCUGAAGGAGAACUGGCUGAAGAUAUUCACACCCAUCGUCGAGAACCUACAGCUCCAAGUCAGAUUCAACCUCAAAACCAGAAAUGUGGAAAUUAAAACAUGUAAAGACACACAGGACAUUGGCUCUCUCACGAGAGCUGCAGACUUUGUACGAGCCUUCGUUCUAGGAUUCCAGGUUGAGGAUGCCCUUGCUCUCAUCAGAUUGGAUGAACUUUUCCUGGAAACCUUUGAUGUCACAGACGUAAAACCACUGAAAGGAGACCAUUUGUCCAGAGCUAUUGGGAGGAUAGCAGGGAAAGGAGGCAAAACAAAAUUCACCAUUGAAAAUGUGACCAAGACCAGGAUUGUUCUGGCAGACUCAAAAGUACACAUAUUAGGAUCUUUCCAGAAUAUUAAGAUGGCACGGACAGCGAUAUGCAACCUCAUCUUAGGAAGUCCCCCUUCUAAGGUGUAUGGUAACAUCAGGGUCGUGGCCAGCAGGACAGCAGAGAGAUUCUAAAGUCACACGUGGAUUUAUAUUCUCGUCUCCUGAUGAAAGUCAGGUAUUCCCCAAGAUUCUGAUCGAAGACCGGUUUUGCCUUUUUUUUUUAAACCUAAGGUAAUAUGGAUGGGUGGACCUGGUCCUGGAUCAGCACUCCUGAGACCCUUUUUGGAUGUGGGCCCUUGCCUGACAUCUUCCAGGACUUUUGUUGUUGAAGCUGGACAUGUUGAUCUGGGGAGUGCCGACCUGCCUUUGACAUCUGGACUGGCCUGUCUCUUCCCACAGGGGAUAUUUGCAUGUAAAUGAUUUGCCCCUCAGUUUGAUUUAAAUAAAAAUCUGAACCUAAAA